AUGCCUUUGGAGGCGGAUGCCCCUCUGGGCGAAGAUAACGAGCCAGCCCAGGUCACCCGGAUAGGCCGCUUGGUCAUCGUGGACCUGGCCGGGAACGAACGCUUGGAGGCCGGCACUGAGUACGUUGCGGAGUCCAGCAGUAUCAACAAGUCCCUGUUCUUCUUGGGCAAGGUCAUCGAGAAGCUGGCAGCACGCGCUGGCCGUGGAACGGCGCAGGCCUCAGACGAUGGCGACCACGUUCCUUUUCGAGAUUCCAAGUUGACCCGGCUCCUGUCGGUUCAUCUCGGCGGCAACUCUCGGACCGGACUGUUGGUCACUUUGACCCCAGCAGCAGAUGCUGUUGAGCAAAGCCUCACGACGCUGCGUUUUGCGCAGAAGGCGUCACAGGUGCGCUGUGUCGCCAAGCCGGUCCUGAUCAGCAAGGAGCAGUCGCUGAUCGUCAAGCAGAGGGAGAUCAUCGCGCAACUUCACAGCCAGGUCAGAAGCCUGCAAGAAGAGGUGCAACGUAGUACGAGCUCGUUACCCAGUCGGUCGGGCGAGGACGAGUUGGUCGCAGAACGACAGCAGUGCGCAGAGCAACUGCAGGCCCUGGUUCUCAGCUCGACGGAGCAUGGCCGCAGCUUCGUGUCCAAGAGCCGUGAGGUGGACACCGUGGUUACAGCUCUUCAUCGCAACAUGGACGUGCUCCAGAAGCAGAAGUCCCUUGUUGUCGAGAACAUGAAAGCGCUCUACAAGGCAGUCAACGACGUGAAUGCCUCCCUCACCCAUGCAGCAGAGGUCCUGAGGAAGGGCGAAGGAUCCGAAACUGCCUCAUCCAUCCUCGCUGCAGCCGGUUCUGUGCCCGACACGUCGGCUCCUUGGGCACCGGCGGUCUUGGAGUUGCGGGAGAAGCUGGUGCUUCUCCUGGGCGCAGCUCAGAGCGGUGCUUCGGAGGGAGGCUGA